ACUUUGAAUUUUAGCCACCAAUGAGUUCAAGCUCCAUGCUGCCACGCACGAGACACACGGCCAUAUUUUCCUCAGCACCGAUGUACAGAACAAAACAAUCCAACCGACCCCAGAAGUGAACAAGAACUGGAGAAGUAUUAACACACAAACUACCCAGAAAAAUCCCCGACCAAGAAUGGUGAUGAAUUCUCCGGCUUAUUCAUGUUCUCCUUCCUCUUCCACAAGGCCUCCUCCUAUCAAGGUUUCCAGUUUCUUGGACAAUCGAUUUUUGUUAUCUAGGAGAAGCAAUCUGGCGCGGCGAACCUCAUGGCGUUCUCAUCGAAUUGGUUUCACUAAAGUUCCGUGGCAGCCCGUUGUGAAGGCUGUUGCUACCCAAGAUUCGGCCGUGGAAUUGCCUCUGACUGCAGAAAAUGUUGACAGCAUAUUGGAUGAGAUUCGACCUUAUCUCAUAGCAGAUGGGGGUAAUGUUGCUUUACAUGAAAUUGAUGGAAAUGUUGUAAAGGUGAAGCUACAAGGAGCAUGUGGCUCGUGUCCGAGUUCUGUAAUGACGAUGAAAAUGGGCAUUGAGCGCCGCCUGAUGGAAAAGAUCCCUGAAAUUAUUGCUGUUGAAUCAAUAUCAGAUGAAGAAACUGGUCUUGAGCUGAAUGAAGAAAACAUUGAAAUGGUACUGGAAGAACUAAGACCUUACCUUGUUGGGACAGCUGGUGGAACUUUAGAACUCGUGGAAAUUGAGGAGCCAAUAGUGAAAGUUCGGAUAUCAGGUCCUGCAGCAGGUGUGAUGACUGUUCGAAUAGCAGUGACUCAGAAACUUCGAGAGAAAAUCCCAGCAAUUGCUGCUGUUCAACUCUUGUCAUAAGAAAUUACUCAGACCUUUUUUCUUGUCGAAUUUAUCCAACAAACCCAAUAGAUUGAAGACAAAGUGAAUUUAAUUGAAGACUUGGUGCAUUGUUGAAUUUAAGCCUUGGUGAGAAAAUAGUUGGCCUAGUCCUAUGAUUCAGAAGUAGCAGGGUAGAUCAUACAUAGUGCAGAAUAUGCCUACUACUUUAUUUUGUACAGUUUAUUGGCUCGAGUCAGCUGAUCACUGUUAUUUAUAAUUUCGUGAAGAAAUUUUUUUGCUUCAACUGUGGAUUGAAUUGUAUGAAUGGCCUAUAUGUUGAUCAGGCCUUACCAGGGAUUACAGAA